AUGAGCAAAACUUCUAACACUUCCGGCAGAGAUCCUUCCUGGUUUGGUGUCGAUGCCAUGCGCGCAAUCAACGCGCCUAAAGUCCUCGGAGGCACAUUGUCGGCACCAUCGCAGCAGACCAAUCAACCUAGAACCCGCGCAAACAACGACAAGCCUCUCUUUGGUCUCGGCGUAAGUCAAACGAAGAGCGAGUAUCCCACGUUUGGACCUGGAGGAGUCCGCCACUCCAAGGCCAACAUGACGGGCCCGUUUGGCGGUGGAGCGUUCGCGGCACCUACAUCUGCACUGGUCGACAAAACUGGGAAACUUUCAGUUGAGCUGUUCGGAGGUCCUGGUGCUCCACAAGAGAAGAUCCGUGAGCAGCCGUCUAACGUCCCAGAGGAUAUAUUCGGCAGACUCGGGCGUCCUACCCCAUUGUUCGCUGGCACCAUCAGCCACGAGCGGACCCAUCCGGCAAACACCUUUGGUGGACUGUUUGAACAGAGAAAUCCAAGUUGUAAAGUGCCAGCGAUCCGCGUCUAUGCUCAUGAGGCAGUCGACCUAGGCUUCGACACCAUUGCCAUCACCGCCGAUAAGAAACACUGUGGCCAGAAAACAUUUGCUGUCCACAAGUCCCUCGUCAUGAACCGUUCUGUCCACAUCAAGAUCAUGCUACGCGAGGAUCCUGACCUUAAGAACAUUACUCUUGAUACCACCGACCCUCAAGCCCUGGCCUUGUACAUCCAGCACAUCUACUUCAGUCGUCUCCCAACCAAGCCCGAUGUUGACAACAGCGACUCACCCAACGAGUACAGUCUGCUUGUUAAACUUUACGUGCUCGGCACCGAACUUCAGGAUAAGAUCGCGAAGAACGCCGCCGUUGACGCGCUGUUCGCGAAGGCUCACGAAGGCACGGAUCUACCGUCUGCCGACCAUAUCUCCAUCCUCUAUGGCGGCACCAAAGGAUCAUGCCCAGCGCGCAAGUUGAUGACCUUCCCACCCGACUUCAUGGUCGACCUCGCGAUGAGUCUUGUCGCAGGCCGGAGUGUGCUGUUCAAGCCCGCGAUGCCGAAGGCAGGUGCAGCCAUCUAUCAUGAAGAGUAG